AAACGUAACUUAAUUGCGAGCUUUAGUUGUUAGCUUAUGAUGAUAUUCAAUUUACAUCCACAAACACAUAUAGUACUAAUACCAGCACUAGUCACUAUUACAUUCACUUUCUUUCUCUCUCUAUCCUUUUAGCUUCUCUUCAUAACUUGAUAUUGCUCCAUCCAUUCUUUUCUCCAAAGUAGAAACAAAGUACUAACAACAACAAUUUCCAACAACAAUCAUAUCAUCUCAAAUGUACUACUACUUGUGACUCCACAGUCACUCAUUUCUUUUACCAACACUUUCCUUUUACCACAAAAUGCAUUGAUUAUUAUUAUUACACAACACAAUCUUCUUCUUCUUCUUCUUUUUAUUUUUCCUUUUUCGUUUUCCUUACAACCCUAAAAUGCGCCAAUCACAUCUCUCUAACCACAUCAACAACUCCGACAAGCCACAACCGUCACCCACCGGCCGUAGUAGCCGUAGAGUUUCACCAAUCGAAACUAAAAAAACCGUCAAAAAUCUCUUACCAAACGGUGAUUGUUACAUGGGAAGUUUCUCCGGCAACGUACCGAACGGAUCAGGGAAAUAUGCUUGGAAAGAUGGAUGUAUCUACGAAGGAGAAUGGAAAAGAGGAAAAGCUUCCGGUAGAGGAAAUUUCUCAUGGCCUUCUGGAGCUAUCUAUAUAGGCGAGUUUAAAUCGGGUCGAAUGGAAGGUUCUGGAACUUUUACAGGAUCUGACGGAGAUGUUUACAGUGGUUCAUGGUGUUCCGAUAGAAAAAACGGUUACGGAAAAAAGCGUUACGUUAACGGUGAUUAUUAUGAAGGUUGGUGGAAAAACAAUAUUCAAAAUGGACAUGGGAGAUAUGUUUGGAAGAACGGGAAUGAGUAUAUUGGUGAAUGGAAAAACGGCGUUAUUAACGGAAGAGGAACGCUUAUUUGGUCGAAUGGGAAUCGAUAUGAAGGUGAAUGGGAAAAUGGUGUAACGAAAGGGCAAGGUGUGUUUACUUGGCCUGAUGGAAGUUGUUAUGUUGGGAAUUGGAAUAAUAGUGAUGUGAAGAUGAAUUUAUUGAAUGGAACUUUUUAUCCUGGUGAUGAUUUUGCUAUAACAAUGAGGAAAAAAUCUUCUCUUGAAGUUGAAGGUGAAAACAAUUUUAGGAAGAUUUGUAUUUGGGAAUCUGAUGGUGAAGCUGGUGAUAUAACUUGUGAUAUAGUUGAUAAUGUGUCGGUUUUGAGUAAGAUUGGUAGUGAAACUGUUUCAGAUUCACAAGAGAUUAAGCAGCUUCAGUUUAAUCGGAAUCCUUGUUGUUUUGCUUCCGAGGUUAAGAGACCCGGUGAGACUAUAUCGAAAGGGCAUAAGAAUUAUGAUCUUAUGCUUAAUUUGCAAUUGGGUAUAAGGCACUCUGUUGGAAAGGAAGCUUCUAUAUCGCGAGAGCUAAAAACGAGUGAUUUUGAUCCGAAGGAGAAGUUUUGGACUAGGUUUCCUUCUGAAGGGUCUAAGGUUACGCCGCCACAUCAAUCGAUGGAGUUCCGUUGGAAGGAUUACUGCCCUAUGGUUUUUAGACAAUUGAGGAAACUAUUUCAGGUGGAUCCUGCCGAAUACAUGUUAGCUAUAUGCGGGAACUCUGCCCUCAGGGAGCUUUCAUCCCCUGGCAAAAGUGGAAGUUUCUUCUACUUGACCCAAGAUGACAGAUUUAUGAUAAAGACAGUGAAAAAAUCUGAAGUCAAGGUACUUCUUCGGAUGCUUCGAAGUUAUUACCAACAUGUUUCUCAGUACGAGAAUUCGCUUGUGACAAAAUUCUAUGGGGUACAUUGUGUCAAACCAAUUGGAGGCCAGAAGACUCGGUUCAUCGUGAUGGGCAAUCUUUUCUGCUCAGAAUAUCCAAUCCAUAGACGAUUUGACUUGAAGGGAUCCUCACAUGGCCGCGCAACAGAUAAAACUGAACAGGAGAUUGAUGAAACUACCACCCUCAAGGACUUGGAUCUCAAUUUUGUAUUUCGCCUGCAAAGCAAUUCGUACAAGGAUCUCAUCAAGCAAAUUGAGCGGGAUUGCGAGUUUUUGGAAGCUGAGGGGAUUAUGGAUUAUAGUCUUUUGGUCGGCAUGCAUUUUCGUGAUGAUAAUACAGUUGACAAAAUGGGACUGUCGCCGUUUCUUUUGCGCACUGGCAAGCAGGACUCUUAUCAGAGUGAAAAGUUUAUGCGUGGUUGUCGCUUCCUUGAAGCAGAGCUACAGGACAGGGAUCGAGUCAAAUCUGGCCGGAAAUCCUUGAUUAGAUUAGGAGCUAAUAUGCCAGCAAGAGCAGAGCGCAUGGCUCGGAGGAGUGAUUUUGACCAGUACAGUAGUGGUGGAAUCAGCCAUUUUACUCCUUAUGGCAUUGGGGAGACCUAUGAUGUUGUUCUAUAUUUUGGUAUUAUAGACAUUUUACAAGAUUACGACAUCAGCAAGAAGCUAGAGCAUGCAUACAAGUCCUUGCAGGUUGACCCUUCAUCAAUCUCAGCUGUUGAUCCAAAGCUGUACUCCAAGAGGUUUCGCGAUUUUGUGGGGAGAAUAUUCAGUGAAGACCGGUAGCAAUGAUUAGCAAGCAAAGGUGAAAAUGUUAUCAUGAUGGUUGAAGAUGCUUGGAUUGACUGAACGAUAUCCAGGGAAUAAAAACCGGAAAUUUAUUCGGUUGUCGGAAUCAGUGGGCAUGCAAUUGACUGUUCCAUUAACAGGCUACGACACUGAUAAUCUAGCCCUCAUGCUGGGUUUUUUUUGUGGCCAAAUUUUGAAGGUUUUACCAUAUUGAUGAUUCAUCGAAGGCUGGGUGAUCUUUGUAUAUGGAAGAUGGUGGAAAUGAUCUCUGCCUUAUUUUUUUUCUUUCUUUCUUGUUUCUCCCAUUGUUGGGUGUGCAGAUUCUUUGGUGGCCACAAAGUAGGAUUAAGAUAUUAUUUACUAAUGUAAAAAAUGAUAGUUAGGGGUGAAAUGAAAAUGCUUUCAGAGACCGGAAUCCAAAUGCUUGGAUACUUUACUUGGUAAUAAAGAAAGUGUACAGUUCUUAUAAAA